CCCCUGAUGCCUUUGGGAACGGCUCCAGCACGCUGACGGAGCGCUGCGGGUGCCGCCUCGGGAUCACCUUCUGCAGAUUCCAGCUGUUGGAUGAACAUUUCACCACUUGGCUCUCUGCACUCCACGAUGCUGCUGGGAGCCCUGCGCUGCCUCGUGCUCCUCUCCCUGCUCAGGGAGGGCAUCAGUGAGGUCAGGAGGUACUACAUUGGGGCCGUGGAGACCACCUGGGACUACGUGCACAGCCAGCUGCUCUCCACACUGCAGGCACCUGUGGGUGUGUCAGGGCCCCAGGGACCACAGCCUACUAUGCCCGGUACCCUCCCAAGGUACAGGAAGGCAGUGUUUGUGGAGUACCUCGACGCAUCCUUCACACAGCCCAAGCCCAAGCCGGCGUGGAUGGGUCUCCUGGGUCCCACCAUCCGUGCAGAAGUCUAUGACACAGUGGUCAUCACCUUUAAGAACCUGGCAUCCCACCCCUACAACCUCCAUGCUGUUGGGGUGUCCUACUGGAAGGCGUCAGAAGGUGCAGGGUAUGAGGAUGAGGCCAGCCAGCCAGAGCAGGAGGGUGACAGAGUGGAUCCAGGGAAGACGCACACCUACAUCUGGGAAAUCCAGCAGAACCAAGGCCCCACAGAUGGCGACUCCCAGUGCCUGACCCACUCCUACUCCUCCAAUGUCAACAGCGUGAAGGACACCAACUCUGGUCUGAUUGGAGCCCUGCUUGUGUGCCGGCCUGGGACCCUGGUGAGAGAUGGGGUGCAGAACAUGCAGCAAGACCUCGUGAUGCUCUUUGCAGUGUUUGAUGAAGGGAAAAGCUGGUACUCGGAGCCCAACUCCCCAGCCCACAGCAGGACAGAGCUGCAUACCAUCAAUGGUUACAUCAACAGUUCACUGCCCGGUCUCACGCUGUGCCACAAGAAGCAGGUCCAUUGGCACGUCAUUGCCUUGGGCACUGGGCCAGAAGUCCACUCCAUCUUCUUCGAAGGCCACACGUUCCUGGUGAGGGGCCACCGUCUCAGCAGCCUAGAGAUCUCCCCUGCCACGUAUCUCACAGCCCAGACCAUGCCAGGAACAGCUGGCUCAUUUCGGAUAUUCUGCCAAAUGCCAUCCCAUCAGCAAGCUGGCAUGGAGGCUGUUGUGAAGGUAGAAGAGUGCCCAGACGAGCUCCAACAGAAGAUGGGACAGCCCUCAGACGAACUGGAGUACAUGGAUGAACCUGAAGAAGAAGAGGAGGAAGGUUAUCAUGUCAUCCAGGUGCGCUCUUUCGCCAAGAAGGAUCCUGUGACGUGGACCCACUACAUCGCAGCAGAAGAAAUGGACUGGGACUAUGCCCCCGUGAAGCCACCGUCUCUGGAUAGAAACAUCAGCAGACUGUUCCUGGAGGCUGGCCCACAGCGGAUCGGUUCAAAGUAUAAGAAAGUGAUGUUUGUGGAGUAUGAGGAUGCAACCUUCAAGAAGCGCAAGGUGUCAUCCCAACCAGGCCAGGGAAUUCUGGGGCCUGUCCUAAAGGGUGAGGUUGGAGAUCAGUUUAAGAUCGUGUUCAGGAAUCUAGCCAGCCGACCAUACAACAUCUACCCUCAUGGCCUCACCAGCGUAAACCCCUACCAUGCCAUGAAGGCCUCACAAGAGAAGGAUGUGAAGGACAUUCCCAUUGCCCCUGGUGAGUCCUUCACCUACAGGUGGAGCAUCACAACAGAAGAUGGGCCAACGCAGGCGGAUCCUCGCUGCCUCACCCGCUUCUACUACAGCUCCAUCAACCCGGUGCAAGACACAGCCUCAGGCCUUAUUGGGCCCCUCCUGAUCUGCUUCAAGAAAUCCAUGGACCAGAGAGGAAAUCAGAUAAUGUCGGACGACAUGAGGCUGGUGCUGUUUUCUGUCUUCGAUGAGAACCGCAGUUGGUACCUGGAGGAGAACAUCAGGCGGUUCUGCAGCGAUGCAGCCCAUGUGGAUAGGCAGGACCCCCAGUUUUAUGCCUCCAACGUGAUGCACACUAUUAACGGCUUUGUCUUUGACAACCUGCAACUGCAGCUCUGUCUGCACGAAGUCGUGUACUGGUACGUGCUGAGUGUUGGGGCCCAGACAGAUUUCCUCUCAGUUUUCUUCUCUGGAAACACAUUCAAGCGCAACAUGGUCUUUGAGGACAUGCUCACCCUUUUCCCAUUUUCUGGAGAAACUGUUUUCAUGAGUGUGGAAAAGCCAGGCAUUUGGACACUGGGGUGCAUGAAUCCUGAUUUCAGAGACCGAGGGAUGCACGCCAAGUUCACGGUCACUCAGUGCCAGCUUGAGGGAAGUCCUGAUGAGGAAGAGUAUGAGGAUUACGCAGAGGAAGCCUUUGAGUUCCAACCCAGGGGUUUCUCUAAGAGGAAGAACAAGCUUAGGCCAUGUGUGAGCGAGCAGCCCAACAACGUCACCUCUUCCAAAAAUGAGACAAGGAAGCCAGCAUUGUGCUUGACAGAACCCAGCCAUGGGGCCCUCCCACACAAUGGCACGAAUUCUGGACCCUCUUCCAAUGGCACGUCAGCAUUUCCAGAGAGCCCACGUGCAGGUGAUAUUUCCACCUCCCCUCUGCCAGAGACCCACUAUGACGUAGUGUCAUAUGAGUCCUUCCUGGCAGAUGAAGAAGAACUGUCAAAAGCCAUCAGCCAGGACCAAGGUGCUGGGGCACUCCCGUCUGGAAAAUACACCAGUGGAGAAGUCCAUGGCACUGUGAACUCAAGAGAAGGUCUGCACCAAAGUAAGCCAGCUCCAGAAGAUGCUAUGGUGGAAAAGAAGGUGACAAAUGUCUUAGAAGUACAGGAGCCAGUAAAAGCAGCAGUGAUCCAGGCUGGUAGUACAUUACAGAUGCUGGAAACAGAGACUCAAAAACCAACAGCUCACACAAAUGAUCUGUGGAACUCAACUGAGUUUGCUGCUGGCAAAGGCCCUCUUCAAGGCACCAGGAGCUCAUUUCAACAGGAUGACCUGGAGCGCAGUCUGGGACUUCAAGUCACAUCUUCAGAGGGUGCUGAUGUAAUGCCCUUAAAUCUCCAUGAGUCAAGGGAGGCAAGCAAUACAGGACCAACGUUAGGCAGCGACCCUAACUCCUCCUUCACACCGGACAGCCCUUUGGGACCCUCAGCCAGGACAGAGGACAUCAGAACUUCUCACAGCCACAAUGCAGAAAGCAAUCAUACCUCCAAUGAGUUAGAUGCCAGACUGAAUAAAAGACCUCACAAAGUGGUUUCACAAAGUUUUAAUGAAUCUUUGGGAGGGGAAAAUGUUUCUUUCUCAGACCUACAACCUGUACAAGAACAAAUCCUUACAGACAUGAAGAACUCCUUGCCUGCAAACAGCAGCAUGGAAGAAGCCAAAGGCACCUUUGCAUACAGCAAUGACCUGGAGCCUUCCAGAUACUUAACAACAGAAGAAAGGGAUGAGUUAAUCCUGGAGGCAGUGUUUCAGGAUGCUAUAGCCACUAAGGAGUUGCCAGGGACAGGUAGCCUUGUCCUGCCUGAAUCAAACCUUGUGCCCAAUGACACAAGGCAAUCCCCAAAUGCACUGAGCAUGGGUGUCCCCGGCUGGAGACCCCGACAAGCCAGGUCCCUGCAGAGCAGAGGCUUUGAGCAUGGUCUGGGUCUUCCCAGCCCCACUUCUGGCAGCAGGGAGUCCCUUUCUGUGGGUAAUGGAGCAGAGCAGGAUCAGCAAAGCAGCUCGCUCCCCACACAGACAGCACUGCAGAGCCAGGCAGUGAUGGCAGACAGCAGCUCAGCGCUGCAAGAUGGUAACAAUGCUAGGGAUGUGGCCUCAAACUGGGACCCAGCCUCACCAGAGGCAGCAAGGCAUGCUGUGGGCUUGCAGAGCCCAGCUUUGGCUCCCAUGCAGCCAAGUGGAGGAGCUGCCUGGGGGGAUCUGAGGGACAAGCAGGCAGAGGGGAGAAGCCAGUUGGAGGAGGAGACAAAUGCUGUGGAGCAACCAUAUCGAGAGAGGGCCUGGUUCAGUCCCCAGCACCUGGAAGCCAACACCACAAAGGACACUGUGUCUGAGAGCACCUCUGGGCAAAACCCUAAUGAAAUCCCUACAAAAGUGGCUCCUAAGGAGAACACUUCCCUGCCUUUGAGCAGCCCUGCAUUCAACCAUAGCACUGUUGAGAUACCAGACAAACAUGUGCAGGCCAGUUCAGAUGGACAACUGGUGCUUGGCAGGAAAAAUGUCCCUGGAGAAACUGGGAGAGUGGAAGAGCCUGAGGAGGAUGGGGAAAGUGGCAGCACAGUGGGGAAGAGGAACCAUGCAACAGAACAUGGGGACAGCCUGAACAACAAGACCCUCUCUAGCCUCUUGAUGUCAGAAUCCAACAUCACAGAUUAUGAUGACUAUAGCGAAACAGAGCAGGAUUUUGACAUCUAUGAGGAAAAUGAGCAUGACCCACGCUCCUUCCAGGGGCAGAUACGACAAUAUUUCAUUGCUGCAAUGGAGGUGAUAUGGGAGUAUGGGAACCAGAGACCCCAGCACUUUCUAAAAGCCACGGACCCCAUGAGCGGCAGGAGGAAACCUCUCCGGCAGUACCGCAAGGUGAUCUUCCGAGAGUACUUGGAUGAUUCCUUCACUCAGCCGGCGAUGCGGGGAGAGCUGGACGAACACUUGGGCAUCCUCGGGCCGUACAUCAGGGCAGAAGUUGAAGAUACCAUCAUGGUCAAGUUCAAGAACCUGGCCUCACGGCCCUUCUCCUUCCACUCCUCACUGCAAGGCUACGAGGAGCUGCAGGGAGGUGAAGCGGUGCAGCCCGGUGAGCUGCGCGAGUACUCCUGGAAGGUGCUGCCCCAGAUGGCUCCCACCACACAGGAGUUCGACUGCAAGGCCUGGGCUUACCUCUCCAAUGUGGACCUGGAGAAGGAUUUGCACUCGGGCCUCAUUGGGCCGCUGAUCAUCUGCCGCCGUGGGGUGUUGAACUCUGCUUUCAAGCGGCAGCUGGCCGUGCAGGAGUUCUCCCUGCUCUUCACCAUCUUUGAUGAGACCAGGAGCUGGUACUUCGCAGAAAACAUGAGGAGGAACUGCCGCCCGCCGUGCCGCAUCCAGCUGGACAACCCUGACUUUAGGAGAAACCAUUCCUUCCAUGCCAUCAACGGCUACGUGGGGGACACUCUGCCUGGACUGGUGAUGGCUCAGCAGCAGCGGAUCCGCUGGCACCUCCUGAACAUGGGCAGCACUGAAGAUAUCCAUUCUGUCCACUUUCACGGGCAGAUCUUCAGCGUCAGGACGAGCCAGGAGUAUCGCAUGGGAGUCUACAAUCUUUAUCCUGGUGUCUUUGGGACGGUGGAGAUGCAUCCCUCACACGCUGGGAUCUGGCGGGUGGAGUGCAAAGUGGGGGAGCACCUGCAGGCUGGAAUGAGUGCCCUCUUCCUCGUGUACAACCAGGAUUGCCAGAAUGCCCUGGGCAUGGCCUCGGGCUACAUUGCAGACUCCCAGAUCACGGCAUCAGGGCAGGAAGGGCCAUGGGCCCCUAAGCUGGCCAGGCUGCACAACUCCGGCUCCAUCAACGCGUGGAGCACCGGUGAAGGCAACCCCUGGAUCCAGGUGGACCUUUUACACCUCAAGAUCAUUCAUGGCAUAAAGACCCAAGGGGCUCGACAAAAGCUCUCCAGUCUCUAUGUCUCUCAGUUUGUUGUCUUCUACAGCCUUGAUGGGCAAAGGUGGAAGAAAUACAAGGGCAACACAACCAGCACGCAGAUGAUGUUCUUUGCAAACGUGGAUGCAACCACAGUGAAAGAAAAUCGCUUCAACCCUCCGAUCAUAGCCCGUUACAUCCGCAUCAGCCCCACUCACUACAGCAUCCGCACCACGCUGCGCAUGGAGCUCAUUGGUUGCGACCUGAACAGCUGCUCCAUGGCCCUGGGAAUGGAGAGCAAAGGGAUCCCUGACCAGCGCAUCUCCGCGUCAUCCUACAGCUCCAACAUCUUCUCCAGCUGGUCACCCUCCCAGGCCCGCCUGAACCUGCAGGGAAGGAGCAAUGCAUGGAGACCAGAGAGCAACAGCCCCAGUGAGUGGUUGCAGGUGGACUUUGAAGCAACCAAGAAGGUGACUGCAAUCAUAACCCAAGGUGCCAAGUCUGUCUUCACUCACAUGUUUGUGAAGGAGUUUGCUGUUUCCAGCAGCCAGGAUGGUGUCCACUGGAGCCCAGUCCUGCAUGAUGGCAAAGAGAAGAUUUUCAAGGCAAACAGAGAUUACACCUCCACAGUGCUGAACAGCCUGGAGCCACCGCUCUUUGCCCGCUAUGUGAGGAUACACCCCCGCCACUGGCACAACCACAUCGCCCUGCGGAUAGAGUUCCUUGGCUGUGACACCCAGCAGGAGUACUGAUGGGCAGUGCUGGCCCACGGACCCACAUCCAGCAGGACACUGAACUCUCACUGGGGCCGGAGCUGGCCCUGUGUGUCCAGGAGGUGCUGGUGGCAUCAGCAGAGGUUUCUCUGCUCCCAUUGCUGUGCUAAUGGCUCCUGCUGACAGGGCGGACUGUUUAUCAUCAUUCUCUUCCUGCUCCUCAUCUACCCCAUGCCGUGUAGUCAGACGUAAUGCUGAAGAAUUAAACAGUAAUUUUCCAGUA